AUGUCUAUCGACUUCCCCAAGGAAGAGGAGCGUAUCCUCGCGCGCUGGAAGGAAAUCGACGCCUUCCAGCGACAAGUCGAGCUGUCCAAGGGAAAGCAACCCUACACUUUCUACGACGGACCGCCUUUCGCAACCGGCCUGCCCCACUAUGGCCAUCUCCUCGCCUCGACCAUCAAGGACAUCAUCCCCCGCUACUGGUCUAUGAAGGGACGGUAUGUCGAGCGACGAUUCGGCUGGGACACGCACGGCGUACCCAUCGAAUAUGAGAUUGACAAGGAGCUGGGCAUGUCCGGUCGCGACGCCGUACGGACGCUCGGUAUUGCCAAGUACAACGAGAAGUGCCGGGCUAUUGUCAUGCGAUAUGCGGGCGAGUGGAGGACGACCAUUGACCGCCUGGGACGCUGGAUCGACUUCGACAACGACUACAAGACCAUGGACACGAGCUUCAUGGAGACUGAGUGGUGGGUCUUCAAGCGCCUGUUCGACAAGGGCGCCGUGUACCGCGGCUUCAAGGUCAUGCCCUACAGCACAGCCCUCGCCACGCCUCUUAGCAACUUCGAGGCUUCGCAAAAUUACAAAGACGUCCAGGAUCCGGCGGUAGUUGUAUCUUUCCCGCUUGUAGAGGACCCCAACACACUGUUGCUCGCAUGGACGACAACACCAUGGACGCUUCCCAUGAAUACCGGCCUCUGCGCGCACCCCGAUUUCGAGUACGUCAAGAUCCUCGACGAAGCCACUGGCAAGCACUACAUCCUGCUCGAAGCGCUCCUCCGAACACUAUACAAAGACCCGAAGAAGGCCAAAUACAAGGUUGUCGAGAAGCUCAAGGGCAAGGACCUGUUGGGCUGGAAGUACGAGCCGCUCUUCAACUACCUAUACGACGAGUUCAAGGACCACGGCUUCAAGGUGUUGAACGACACCUACGUCACAGCCGACAGUGGUGUUGGUAUCGUCCACCAAGCACCCGCAUACGGAGAGGACGAUUACAGAGUCGCGCUCGCGGCUGGCGUCAUCAGCGACACACGGCCGCCUCCAAACCCCGUUGACGAUGCCGGUUGCUAUACCUCCGUCGUCAAGGACUUCGAGGGACAGCAUGUCAAAGCCGCCGACAAGGCCAUCAUCAAGCACCUAAAGGGCACUGGACGCAUGAUCGUAGACUCGCAGCUGACCCAUAGCUACCCCUUCUGCUGGCGAUCAGAUACCCCUCUCAUCUACCGAACCGUGCCCUCCUACUUCAUCAAGAUCCAGGACAUCGUGCCGCAAAUGCUCGAGAACAUUGCAGGCUCACAUUGGGUCCCAUCGUUCGUCAAGGAGAAGCGCUUUGCCAACUGGAUCUCCAACUCGCCCGACUGGGCUGUAUCAAGAAACCGCUUCUGGGGUACUCCGCUCCCGCUCUGGGUCAGCGACGAUGGCAAAGAAAUGGUCUGCGUUGGCAGCGUGGAAGAGCUGAAGAAGCUGAGCGGUUACGAGGGCGAGCUUACCGACAUCCACCGAGACAAGAUCGACGACAUCACAAUACCCAGCCAACAGGGCAAGGGUGUGCUGCGAAGAACGCCCGAGGUUUUCGACUGCUGGUUCGAGUCUGGAUCUAUGCCCUACGCAAGCGCGCAUUACCCCUUUGAGAAUGUUGAGCAGUUUGAGAAGUCAUUCCCCGGUGAUUUCAUCGCCGAGGGUCUCGAUCAAACUCGUGGUUGGUUCUACACACUGACCGUUCUUGGAACGCAUCUAUUCGGCAAGUUGCCUUUCAAGAACUGCGUUGUCAAUGGUAUCGUGCUUGCGGAAGACGGCAAGAAGAUGUCCAAGCGUCUCAAGAACUACCCAGAUCCAUCGCUUGUCAUGAACAGCUAUGGUUCGGAUGCCCUCCGACUGUACCUCAUCAACUCGCCAGUUGUGCGUGCUGAGACUCUUCGCUUCAAGGAGGCCGGUGUCAAGGAGAUUGUGUCAAAGGUCCUACUGCCGCUUUGGAACAGUUACCAGUUCUUCGAACAGCAGGCGACUCUGCUCAAGAAGGUUGCUGAUCUGCACUUCGUCUUCGACCCAGCAGCCGGGAAGACCAACAAAAACAUUCUAGAUCGAUGGAUCCUGGCAUCAUGUCAGUCAUUGCUCAAGUUUGUCAAUGCCGAGAUGGCGGCGUACAGACUGUACACCGUGGUACCGCGACUACUGGAGCUCAUUGACAACACAACGAAUUGGUACAUCCGAUUCAACCGUCGGAGGUUAAAGGGCGAGUAUGGUAUGGAGGAUACCAAGCAUGCCCUGAACACUCUGUUCGAAGUCCUCUACACUCUCUGCCGGGGUCUUGCGCCCUUCACCCCCUUCAUCACCGACAACAUCUACCUACGCCUGCUACCACACAUCCCCAAGGAGCUGCAUGCCGAGGAUAACCGCAGCAUACACUUCCUUCCCUUCCCCGAGGUUCGAGAAGAACUCUUUGACGAGGUCGUCGAGCGCCAAGUCAAGCGCAUGCAGGCCGUCAUCGAACUCGGUCGUAUCUGCCGCGACCGCGCGAACAAGGGCCUCAAGAUCCCUCUCAAGACUCUUGUCGUCAUCCACCCCGACCAGCAAUAUCUGGACGACGUCAAGUCGCUAGAGAACUACAUCUGCGAGGAGCUCAACAUCCGCGACCUGGUGCUCUCCAGCGACGAGGAGAAGUACAAGGUGCAAUACUCCGCAACCGCCGACUUCUCCGUGCUCGGCAAAAAGCUCAAGAAAGACGCCAUCAAAGUGAAAAAAGCGCUGCCCAACCUCACGUCCCAGGAGAUCAAGGACUUCUUGAAGAAGGGAGAAUUGCUUGUUGAUGGCAUUAAGGUAGAGGCCGAGGACCUCAUGGUCAAGCGCGGCCUCGCCAAGGACGAUGCAAACAAAGACCAGGAAUUCAACACUGACAAUGAUGUCCUCAUCAUCCUCGACGUCGCGUCGUACCCCGAACUCGAGCAGGAGGGUCUAGCCCGUGAAGUCAUCCGCCGCGUGCAGGACUUGCGCAAGAAAGCGGGGCUUGUGCCGACGGACGAUGUGGGCAUGGAGUACCGCGUGCUCAGCGAUCCGGAGAAUCUGGGCUUGGAACAGGCGUUUGAAAACCAAGGGCCGUUGUUUGAGAAAGCACUCAGGAGGAAUGUGGAUAAGCAUGUCAUCACGGAAGUCGAGGGCAAGAUUCCGGAAGGCAAGGAUGAGAAGGUCAUUGUGGAGGAGGAGCAGGAGUUGCAUAAGGCGACGUUCAUGUUGAGGUUGGUCAAGUUGUAG